AUGAUCCAACCCCUUCUCCUCGCAGGCGGCCAUUCCACUCGCAUGGGAACCCGCAAGGAAUUGCUCCGCCUUUACGAUGAAAUGCCAGUCUACGAGCACCAGCUCAUCAGACUGCGCAUCGCAUGUCCUGAUGCCGACGCAGUCUACCUCUCCUUGCCAGACCCGAGCGCCCUGGGUCCAAUCUUAGAGAACCCGCGCAUCGAACGGCUGACGGAGACCAGUCUGCAGCUGUACCAUCAGACAUUUACGUUCCCAGUUCAUGUUCUGUACGAUGAAGCCGACGUUGGCCCGGCUGGUGGCCUUCUUGCUGCCCAUCGCGACGUCCCAGAUGCAUCCUGGCUUGUUGUUGCUUGCGACUACCCAUUUUUCUCGGUCUCCGCUAUGAAUCACAUAUGUAGAGAGAUGGCAGCGCUCGUUACGUGCUUUGAGAACUCCGACGGGAUUUACGAGCCGCUGCUGGGCGUCUGGUCAGCCCCAGCCUUGUCCCUGCUCGAAGAGAAUGUAAAAAACGGCAUUCUGGGCCCAAAGUCUGUGGUAUUCAAGUCGAAGGGCAAGGCCGUUAGACCGCUCGAUGAAAACUGGCUAUACAAUAUGAAUACGCCUGCUGAGUACAGUGAGGCUCUACGGAUGGGCGGGUAUAUCGCGUCGAUUACACAGGACAUUCAGACUUUCAACAACAUUCUUAGCUAG